GCCAAUGACGGGGCACAGCCCGGGGCCCACGUGCCUCCGUUCCCAUUGGCAACCCGCGGCUUCUAAACAACCCGCUUUCCUCCGGGCGGGCCUCCCUCUUUCCCGUCUGGUCCGGCCACCGCCAUGGCAGAGUUGGGCCUAAAUGAGCACCAUCAAAAUGAGGUUAUUAAUUACAUGCGUUUUGCUCGUUCAAAACGAGGCUUGAGACUUAAAACGGUAGAUUCUUGCUUUCAAGACCUCAAGGAGAGCAGGUUGGUAGAGGAGACUUUCACCAUGGAUGAGGUCAUGGAAGUCCUGAAUGGGUUGCAAGCUGUGGUACACAGUGAGGUGGAGUCUGAGCUCAUCAAUACAGCCCUCACCAAUGUGUUACUCCUGCGGCAGCUGUUCUCACAAGCUGAGAAGUGGUACCUAAAGCUACAGACAGACAUCUCUGAACUUGAAAACAGAGAAUUAUUAGAACAAGUUGCUGAAUUUGAGAAGGCAGAAUUUACAUCUUCAAACAAAAAGUCCAUCAUAGAUAUCACAAAGCCUAAACUUGUUCCAAUUAAUGAAGGUGGAACAACAGAACUGCUAAACAAGGAAAUUUUAAGACUUCAACAAGAGAAUGAGAAAUUAAAGUCAAGGCUGAAGACCAUUGAAAUACAGGCUACAAAUGCUUUGGAUGAGAAGUCAAAAUUGGAAAGAACACUUCAGAAUUUACGACUUAAUCAAGGAAAUCAACAGGAUUUUAUAAAGACCCAUGACUUGAAUGACUUGGAAAACACAGUUGCAGCUCUUAAGGAUGAAUUUCAGAAAACGCUUAAUGACAAGACAGAAAACCAAAAGUCUUUGGAGGAGAACCUAGCAGCAGCCAAACAUGACCUCCUCAGAGUACAGGAGCAGCUGAGCAUGGCUGAAAAGGAGUUAGAGAAGAAAUUUCAACAAACAGCAGCUUAUCGAAACAUGAAAGAGAUUCUCACCAAAAAGAAUGACCAAAUCAAAGAUCUACGGAAAAGACUGGCAAAAUAUGAAUCUGAAGAUUAAACUGAAGGUUUUGUCUAGAACCUGCUACACAUGAACAUAUAAGUUAUCUCCAUCCACCUCAGGCAUGUAUUUUGAAGCAUUUUGUCAUAUUCUCUCCUUUUUCUAAUGUUUAGGCUUUGCAUGUAAUCCUAGAAUUAGCAUUCUUAUCUUCAGUUCUCUGAUUGAGAAGAGAAAAAAAUGUAAUAUUCUUUUUUGUUGUACCAAACACCUGUCUGUCAAGUGCUCCAGAGUCUCUGUGCAAGUACAGUGAGAUUUCUUCAUGGUAGAAAGAGUUUAGAGUGGGAAGAAGAGCCAUCCUUUUGCAUUAGUAAGAAAAGCGAACCUUUUAAUGUUAGAUAAGCUGGUAUCAUCAACACUGUACAGUUCUUGAAUGUAAAGAUAAAUAGUAAAGUUACUAAGAUUUACAAAUAAACCUCUUAUUUUUAAUAAUAA